AUGGCGGACUUCAAGUCCUGGGCCACACAGUAUGUCGUCUCUGAUAGCGACUCAGAGAUGAGGGACCUCACAGUGAAGGCAGCGACUGCCAUUCAAGAUGCGCCUCGGAAGACGACAGCCGUCUUGCUCUGGGCGCAGUCCAUCAAUCAGUGGAUCGCAGGUGGGGCAGAUGAUGAAGGAGGCGACGACGAUGUGAUCGCACGCUCCAAAGCGCUGGAGUUCCUUUCGGGUACCCUAGAAGCCCUGGACCGGGAUGUUCUGCGGCUAGAGCAAGUGCAGACAUUAAUCUCAUUCUUUGGGUCCAUGUUUAAUGUCGACCACAAGGCUGGCAUUCUGGCCGCGUCCAAAGCCCUGAGGUGUCUGAGCACAGCCAAGGCUUUCAAGCCCAUUAUGAGCAUUGCCAUAUUCAACAGUCUAUGCAGUCUUGGCGAGGAUUUCUCAAAGCAAACAGCAGCCACUCGAUCCGAAAUAUAUGGCUUGCUGGAUCGUUUACUUGCCGAUGAUGCGGUACGGAGCGAACUCCAACGGGAGUACGGUGGCGAGAGCAGAUUCAUGAUCGACCUUCUCGAGCUAUGCCACCAAGAAAAGGACCCCAAGAACCUUCUUUCGUGGUUUGGCAUAUUGGCGCUGUUUCUAGAGACAUAUGAGCCAUCUGUCGACGUGGCACAGGAAGUGUUCAAGGCAUACUCCAACUACUUUCCCAUCUCCAUGCGGUCCUCCGCAACGACGACCGGAGUUACAGUGGAAGAUCUCAAGACAGCAGUGCGAAAAUGUUUUGCAGCAUCACACAGGGCCUCCGACUCAGCCUUCAAGUUCCUGCUCGAGAGGCUGGAUAGCGGCGAUGCAAUCACUGUUGCGGUCAAGGUUGACAUAUUGAAAACCAUCAAGGCUUGCAUUGACAGCUACCCGGAUCCGGUCAGGACCAUUGUCCCCUAUACCGAGAAGAUCUGGAGCUCGCUCAAGUAUGAGGUGCGCAAUGGCGAGAUCGAGGAGACCAUCAAGGGAACUCUCGAUGUCAUCCGGGGUAUAGCAAAAAAGCUGGAUGGAGUUUCUGGCGAGGCUAUUGGGGUCGAACCACUCAAAGCAUUUGUCCAACUCGUUUUGGGCGACUGUAUCGAAGACCUUUCUAACCCCAUCUACACCAAACAGGCGGGUAUUCUUCUGACAAAUGUCUUGGGUGCCAGCAUCAAGGCCUUCAACCUCUCGAUACAACAAGUGCUGGAAGCGAUCAAGCGCAAUAUCCGUCAACCAAAAUCACCCAAUCACCGCCGAGAUCUUGUUGCGCUGCUCAAUGUCGUGCUGCAGGAGCGAAGCGAGCUCGUAAAGGGACAGGGCGCCGAGUCGUCUCCUGAUGUGGAGGAAUUUCACGCUUACGAUCCCCUGGUUAAAGACCUGCUUAACGACGUCUAUUACCGGCUUUGGAAAGAAAAUUCGGCCCAGGGCCAGGAGAAGGGGUCGACGUCCAUCCUGAAAGAGGUUCUCAAAGGUCUCACUGCCAUGAUUGGCCAGCAUGGACCAUCCCGGACAGAGAUGAAGGCGUCUCUGUUGGAUGAAGAGUCAUGCAACAAGAUAUACAGCACGACGACAUCCCAACUUAUCCGGAGCCCCAGCAAGCUUCCUGAAGAGGCUAUGGUAUCAGAACUAGCUCCACAGGCCGUUCGCAGCCUACAGAAACAGACGCUGGUAUAUCCAGAAGGUUUUAGAUCACUGCUUGCUGCGGCAAGAGUAGCAAUGAAUGAUCCGUCAGUGCAGACGGCUGCUGGAAGCGAAGUCCGCGCUCAUGACUUGAAAUCUGCAUGGGCAGGCGCUUCAAAAGCAGAGUUGAUAUGGUUGAAGGAGCUGCUCUCUAGACUGGCAUAUAUUGGCUGCUCGGAGAUACCCACUGCGGCUCCCCCGAUCAGCCAGUUGCUGGACUUUGUAGGCUUGCUGUGGGAGCUGCUGCAAAUCUUCCUCGAUGCUGAUCUGGACCACUGUGCCAACAUUGUCCUGUCUGGCAUAUAUGGAGGGCUUCUUAAUUUCAGAGAGGCCUGCAUAAAGAAGGGCCUUGAGACGAAUGGUAGCUCCUUUGCUUCGAUCAGUCUACUGAUACACGCGAGCCUCCCACGCACUGCGGAGGAGUUCCAGAAAGGCUGGGCGAGCUUUUCUGGAGAUACCACUCAGAACGAGAGUUCGAUCUUCAGGGAUUAUCUCCUAUCCGGCCUCUACACCCUCUCUCUGCUAUAUCGCAAAGCAUCAGAAGCAAACAGGAUGAACGUUGGCCAGCUCGACACUUUCCUAUUGCAGCUGUCAAACAUGGCCACCUAUAUUAUCAGAGACCUGAGUCUCGAAGACCAGCUCGGAAUGCAGCUGCAGAGCCGCGCGCUAGAUCUUUUCUCAUUACAAGCACCAUCAUCUACAUUAUUUCGGCCACAGGAAAGCGGCAAUCUCGACGCAUUGACUAUGGGAGUCAUGCAAGGUCUAUGGCCUGCCGCGGCCACCAAAAUAUGGUGCCAAGACCUUGCUCCGGUCAAUGUUUUCGAUGAUGUCCAAGCAGGCGCGAGUGGGACUUCUGCCAACGAUCUAUCGCCCCGACAGCGCUUCGUCCGAGACUGCAUCGCCGUUACGGUUGCUAAUAAGUACCUGGUUGGAGCUGGAGCCAAAGAAGAGGACGAGCUGAAGUGGAAGAUGGCGAUCGAUUUUGUCAAGGACCAGCUAUCCGAGGACAAGAUUACAAAUCUGACGCCGGCUCAGUAUUCCAGGCUCCUGGCUUUCGCAGCAGGUGCCGUUGCCAGGAUGGACAGGGAGAUAAGGGCGGUGGUUCCUCUUCUUUCCAAGGCGCCAGCAAGGAAUGCCGCCUACAGCGAGGAGAUGGCCCGCUCAGUCGAGGUCCUCGUUUCGCCAAAAGAUUACCUGAACACCGACAACCACGCCAUCAUCAAACCCCUCCACAAACAGUGGCUGUACGCCUCCUUUGCCAAGCCCAUGAUCCCCCUCGCCUUCCCCUUCAAGCAGGACGGCGCCCAAAGCACCGCCUACACCAUCUCCAUCAUCUCCCUGCUCAAGCACAUCCCCUUCGCAGUCUACGAGGACGACGUCGACAGCCUGGCCCGGAUCCUCAUCGCCGCGCUGUCGGCGCUGGCGGGCAACUGGCGCGACGUCGAGGGCGCGCUGCUCGUGCUCAUCGACGUGCUGGACAACAAGGCCGACGCCCUGCGCGAGCACCUCAAGGCCGUCAUCGACGCCGUGAGGAAGAUCUUCGCCGAGGCCUCGGCGCCGGGCACGCCGCUGGCCGCGGCCGCAUGCAGGCGGCAGGCGCUGGUGCUGCUGUCGGGCCUGCCGCCGCGGUACGAGGUGCGGCACCUGCUGGCGUACGCGCCGAUGAUGCAGCGGAUGCUGGCGAUGGCGUGCGGCGACCGCGUCCGGGAGGUCAGGGCGGCGGCGCAGGUGGCGCGGGAGGCGUGGCAGAAGAUUGAUUAG